AUGCAGGUGAAGUACCCGAUCAUGGGAUUGUCGUACGCACGCGGCUUUUUCGCCAUCUGCGGCGGCGGCGGAUCACUCAAAUCCGGUAUUAAAAACACUGUCGACAUUUAUCGUCUCUCAGACACGGAUCCAACAGGCUUCAGCAAAGAAAUCACAGCCGAUACGGGUCUAGAAUUGGCUUCUGGUGUAGCCUUUUCUCAUGAUGGCCAGCUUGUUGCCGUAUCUGUUAGCGCUAGCUGCUGGGUCUAUACAUUGAACGUGAAGGAAAAGACUAUCACUCUGCUAGUCAAAUUCCGCACGGACUUUCACAAUCAGGAAAGCUCACAAUCUUGCGCCCGCUUCGUCGGCAAUUGUACCAUCUUAACUGGCGGAGAAGAUGGAGUGGUGCGCAUUUGGCGCCUGAGUCGAGACCCAUCUAAGCUUGAGAAGGCAGUGGGUACAGCCAAAGCUUUGGCAGUAGUAGAGGAGAAAGAUCCUGAUGCCAGUGUGGUGGCCGUGGAACAACCUAAGCUUGGAGACUGUGUCAUUAGUGGUAAUAGCAUGAUCACCCUGACGAGGGAGUAUCGGGGACAUACUAAGAGGAUUCGAGACAUUGAUGUUGAUCUUUCUCAUCGUAACCUUGUCGCUUCUAGUUCAGAAGACCAAUCGUGCCAUUUGUGGAGACUAAAUGAAGUGACGCCGAUCUGCAGGUUUUCUAAAGACGACGCAUUGGAUAUUGCUCUCCAAAAACUACCAACGAAGCCUAUUGUCGGACCACGGAAGCAUGUAUUCCGAUGUGUGCGCUUUUCAAAUAGUGGACGUCGACUCUUUACGAUAUUAACUCCCGCGCGUGGUGAUUCGAUUUUGGUCAAGUGGAAACCUGAGGUCAUUGCACAGGAAAAUGAGGAGCAGUGGUCUUGGGUCGUUGAACAAAUCGCUAUUGCGGGAGAAAGACCCGUGGCAAGUCUUUGUGUAAGUCAGGAUGACCGUUUCGUAUGUGUGGCUGCAGUCACGGGUGAUAUGAAGGUUUUUUUGGCGUCCACAUUGAAGCAAUACACAAUCAAUUCGACUGGCCAGCAUUCGUUUGCAAUCACUGGUAUGAGCUUUGCGCUGUCUGCUGACAAGAAUGCUCCUUAUUUUUGCCUGGUUAGCGGGGGCGCGGACAAAAAUCUUCUUCGACAUGAGGUUCCGAUGGAAGGUGGUAUCUUGAGAUCGAGAAGAGAAAUUAUUGUUACGGGCUUAACAACCGUCAUGAGUACCGCUUUUGGUCUCGGGCUCAACUUUAUUAUGGCCACGAUCCUGCUAUUUAUUCUCUUGCUAUUUAUUCACGCGCAAACAGCUAUGUUCUCGAAUGGUCCAUUAACAGGCUUUGAGGAUCUGGCAUCACUCCGCUUUGAAUCGCCAGAUGGUCUGGCAACUCUUUUUGCAGUCGUGGCCAGCUGUGCUAUCAUUUGGCUUAUAGCUGCGCACAGCUCAGUAACGAGUCGAUUGUUUUGGAACGGUUUUCUGUGUCUGCUGUCAGCUUUUAUAGCCUUCCUGGUGGCCAUCUCAUCAGAUCUUGAAGUGCAUUGGCAAACCGGCGAUGCCGCAGUUGAUGAGCUUCUUGGUACGCUAAUUUCUGCAUUUUUUCUGGCAUUCUUCGUAUUAAUAUUUGUGAUCGUUGCUACUGUGUAG